CUUAACUCGUAUGAGCAGUUGUUGUUAUUCACAACACUAAAGUUCACACACAGCAGGUGGAGUGUGUGUUAAAGAGGAAGACGUCUAUUUGCUGGUUGAACACGUUUUCUGUUUAGAUCUACGCCAACAGCAGGAAGGGACGAUAGCCUGCAGAUCAGAUUCUUCUAGGAUGAGGCCCACUGUGAGCUUCUACACAUGCUUCGUCCUCAGCCUGUGCCUGGGCCUGGCGUGUGUGGUGUGUGUGAGUGUAUGGAACAGUCACUGGCGUGGAGGAUUUGCCUGGGACAGCUCCAGCCUGCAGUUCAACUGGCAUCCAGUCCUGAUGGUGACAGGUCUGGUUGUGCUGUAUGGUAUCGGAGCUGUGUUGUACCGUGUCCCGCUGACCUGGGGUCAGAAUAAACUCCCUUGGAAAAUCCUGCACGCUGCACUGAUGCUCAUUUCUCUGGUGCUUUCAAUCAUCGGGCUCUGCGCUGUAUUCGACUUCCACAAUGCUAAAAACAUUCCCAACCUCUACUCCUUACACAGCUGGAUUGGAAUCGCUGUUACCGCUCUUUUCGCCAUACAGUGGGUGGUUGGUAUGGCGGGCUUCCUCCUGCCCUGGUCCCCCACAUCACUUCGUGUACUUUUGAAGCCCAUACAUGUGUGGAUGGGAGGAAGCAUACUGACCCUCAGCAUCGCAGCCUGCAUCUCAGGAAUCAACGAAAAGCUCUUCUUUGUCUUCUCUAAGAAUCCGCCGUAUUCCAAGCUUCCACCUGAGGCUGUUUUAGCAAACAUGUUAGGAGUUUUGAUUGUGGCCUUCGGCAUGGUUGUGCUGAAGAUUUUGUCCACUCAUGAAUGGCAGCGACCAGACUCCAGGCCAGAGGACAUCAAUUACACGCCAAUCCUUCAAGAAGAAAAUGAAUGAAUCCAGUCUCAAAGCUGCUUGAAUCAAACAUGCACUAUGACAAUUUGCUUGAAAAACAGGGUGUGGCUUUGCAGUGUGAGGGUUACGGGUUAUCUAUUUGAAUGUAAACUGAGCUGGUCAUAAAACAAUUGUUUAUACCAACAAGAAACACAACAAAUCUUUUCCAUCAUUGUCAUUCCACAUAUUUUAUCAUUUAAUAUAUUCUAAUGCAGCAAUGUGUCAAAGUCAAUCAUUUCUUAUUUCAUUCUAAUUUAAAGACUAAAAAGGCCAUCACGGGUCUCCAUAUAGCCUAGUGGUUACGUCAUGCGCCCCAUGUACAGAGGCUAUAGUCUUCAUCGCAGCGGCUGUGGGUUUGAAUCCGACCUCGGCCCUUUGCUCCUGGCAGCUUGACCUUUGGAAACCCCUGUUCAUUAUCAAAUCAUAUUUUGUGAUUAAUGUUGAUGAAUAUGAAUCCAUUCAUGUCAGACUCAUCAUGAUGAAGCUGUUUGUCGUGCCCUAUAUGUAAAUAUGUAUUUGAUGUAUUAAAGCUUAAAAUCUAUUUAUGAUUUUUCUGCUCAACAAUAAAAGGUUUUGUCAAAACUG